CGAAUAAGGACAAGAGAAAAUUGUUCUUAUAAAAAAAGAGAAAAUUGUUUAACAGCUAUCCACUUUAGAUAGGACAAAUCUAUCGUUUUUAUCGGGUUUAAUCAUUAUCUGAUUAUCAACUGUCUAGUGCAUAAUUCUAACAAAAACCAUAAUUGACACAGAUAUGGAGGAAGGGGGCAAGGAAAUGCAGCGAAUUCUCAGUAUGAAAGGAGGAGUAGGAGAGGAGAGCUACGCCAAUAACUCGAAAUCACAGAGUGCAUAUCUAUCCAAGACAGUGCCGCUACUAGAUCAAGCAGUGCUAGAUUUCUGUGAUGCCGACUUCACUGAGUGUGUUACUAUAGCAGACCUCGGAUGUUCUUCAGGGCCAAACAGUUUGUUUGCCAUUUCUCAGAUCACAAGCAUCAUCCACAAAAGGUUCUCUCAACUAGGUAGAUCCCCGCCGGAAUUUUGUGUGUUUUUGAAUGAUCUCCCAGGAAAUGAUUUCAACACUGUUUUCAAGUCCUUGCCAGUUUUCCAUGAGAAAAUGAGGGCAGAGAAUGGGCAAGAUUUUGGACCUUGUUAUGUUUCUGGGACUCCGGGUUCUUUUUAUGGGAGGCUUUUUCCUCCAGGUACCCUGCAUUUUGUGCACUCUGCUUCUAGUCUUCAUUGGCUUUCACAGGUGCCUCCAGAAUUGAGUGACAAAAUGAAUCCGCUAAUAAAUAAAGGAACGAUAUUCAUUUCAAAGACAAGUCCUCCUGAUGUGAUAAACGCAUAUAAGGCACAAUUUCAGAGGGAUUUCUCUUCAUUUCUCGAGGCACGAUCAAUAGAAGUAGUUCCAGGAGGACGUAUGGUAUUGAUGUUCAGGGGAAGAAGACUUGCAGACCCCUCACCUGAUGAAAGCUGUUUACUGUGGGAUUAUUUAGGACAGGCAUUCCAAGAUUUAGUUUCAAAGGGAAUUAUUGAAGAAGAAAAAUUGGACACAUAUAAUACACCAUACUAUGAACCGUAUACAGAAGAUAUCAAAGCUGAGAUAGAAAAAGAAGGAUCCUUUGCUCUUGAUCGCCUUGCAACCAUUAUACUUCCUUGGGAUGGGUGUAAUGGAGGAGUGAAGUGUGACAGGGCAACAACAGCAAGAAACAUGGGAAAGGCCAUCAGAGCAGUGAAUGAGUCGAUGAUUCGAAAUCAUUUCGGGGAAGAAAUUGUGGAUUGUUUAUUUGAAAGGUUCACUGAAAUAAUGGCAAAUGAUACAAAGGAAGUAGAGCAUGUCAGUGUUGUUGUUUCAGUAAUCCGAAAAGCAAUUUGAUUAUUGCAGCUUCUCCAUGUAAAAUCUUAUGGUUUAUUUGAAAAAGUUUAAAACAAGCAUAAAGGGGAAUUAAUUAAAACAAUAUUUGAACCAGAA